AGUUUGCUUUUCUGCACAAAACUGCUUGUUCUGGCCGUAUAUUUGUACUUUCUUUUAAGAUUUCCACUUUUUUGACGGUUUGAUUAAUUUUCUAACUAUUGAGCGAGAUAAUUAGCCAUGUCCACGGACGCAAAUUUUUCGGCGGCUCCUGAGGUGCGAGAUUCUGACUCGAAAAUGGGCCAAAUAGCUGACUUCGUGAAGCAGGCGUUUGUUACUGGCAAAUUGAGUGAUGUGAUCUUCUCCGUGGGUCGUGACUUUGGCAAAAUGCAGAGUUUUUCCGCGCACAAGUUCGUCUUGUGCAUUCGCAGCUCUGUGUUCCAUACAAUGUUUUACGGAAGUCUGCCUGAAAAGUGUGAAGGUGCCAUCGAUAUUCCCGAUGUUCAUCCAGACGCGUUCGCCAAUUUGCUAAGUUUCUUGUACACCGAUGCCGUGGACAAUCUCAGUAUCGACAACGUCAUCGAAACUAUGGCGUGCGCUGACAAAUACGAUGUGCCGCAGUUGAUGGAAGUCUGUGCGGACUUCGUCGAGCGGCAGCUGAACUCCAGGAAUUGCUUGGCUGUUCUGAAAAAUGCAGUGUACUGGCAUGUUGAACACAUCGUGGAGAAGUGCCUGAUUUUGGUGGACCUGAACAGUGCUGCAAUUCUGCAGUCGAAGGAAUUCACCGACAUCAUCUCACAGGAUACAGUGCACAAUAUUUUGAAGCGCGAUACGCUGUCUGCCGAGGAAAACAUAGUAUACUUGGCUGUGGAAAGGUGGGCAACGGAAGCCUGUGCUCGCUGCGGCUUGGAUACUUCUGGCGCUAAUCGGCGCCAGAUGCUGGGUGACGCUUUAUUCUCUAUAAGGUUUCCGCUUUUGACUGGUGCGCAACUGGCUGAUGGUCCCGGAAAGAGUGGUCUUCUAACUGAAAUGGAGCUGUUGAGCGUGUUCAUGUACCAAAAUGCCACGGAGAAGUCUCCAUAUUUGGCGUUUCCCAUAGCGCGCCGGACAGGAGUCCGCAAAACGUUCGCAGUGGGAGAAAAAAUAUUUUUGCAAGACCCAGAUUAUGACGGAGGGUGGUGGGAGCCAGCCACCAUAACCGAGAUCCAGCCGGAACGCCUGGUGUACACUUGGUGUAUAAACCACAAGGAAGGCGUUACAACGCCAGACAAAGUGAUUCCCGUGAAGGACCUCCUGGUGAAAGGCCAGAAAGUGUAUGUGCGGUCAGUGGGGAAAUAUGCAGAAUACGAUCAUGCAGAGGAGGACGCGCAGCAUCGGGUCACUUUGAACGGAGGCCGGGAUGUAAGGCUCGCGGAUUUGAUGCUGCACGCAAAUGUUGGGCUGUCGUGGAUGACGAAGGCUGCUAAAUGAACUGCGAAGUUGCGCUGCAAAUCCGUUACCUGAGUUUCUGGCCGUUGCAACGUAACUUUUUUGAUAGCAGAUCGGAUUUAUCUAUUACUUCUUCUUCCAGAAUCCGGUCGCGUUGCCGUCUCCACUUCAGCAACUGACAAAUGCAGACAAACACAGGCACAGCGAUUUUCAACCACUCAUCACUCGUUAUUGUAAUGGUCAACAGCUUGCAAAGCGCGUGCUGUAGCACUGGACCCUGGUACUGUGUAAAGUCGUUAACGUUUUCUCGGUGCAGCAAACCGUUGUGGGCUUUUAAUUCGUCGCGGACGAAGUU